AUGCUCCAUGAAUACCUCUCCAGAUGUGGUAUGAUGCAAGAAAAGCUCAGCAAAGAGGAAUUUAGAAACGGUACUCCGUCUAAAUUAGUAAAUGCCUGGAAGGCUGACCUUUUUCACCAUCUCCAUGGCCGAUCCAAGUAUUUAAGAGAAAGACAAGGCCCCAUAGCACAACAACAACAGAAGCAGAGACUUUAUACAGCCGAUUCCUGCCCCAAAUUGCUCUCCUUUGUAGAAGAGCUUUACGCGACCUCUGCAUUGCGCAUCAAUCCAACUUGCUGCAAGGCAUGUAACAACUCUAAUGAUGAAAAGCAUCAAAUGAAGCCCAAGAUGAAAAGUGAAGGAUCUAAACAUUUAUUGCAGAGGUGUUGA